AAAGAUUCUAGUCUCGUUCACUGUCUCAGCGAUUACAGAAUUCACGCUUCGUCUGUCCCGUGUUGUUUUAAUUGGAUUUACGUGGUGCAAUUCCCCUUAUAUUUAGGGUGGUACUAUUAUAGUUCAAUUUUUCAGUAAAACGUGCAAAAAAAUUAGUUGGCUCUGUGUACCCUCUAAUUGAUUAAUUGAUUAUAAAGAUAAUAAGAAAGACCAACUUGGACAGUAUAAAAAACCAGGUUUUUAUUAUUGCCAUGAUAAUGUAGUAGUCAGAUGUUGUUGAAUUGCACUUUUCUGCGAAGACUCUGUUGCAGAGAUACGAUUUAAGUAGCUGUUUCGAUGUGAGACCUCAGAUUUGGGUGAGCACUCCACAGAGCAUUUUUUGUACUGGUUGAAGAAAGUUUUUCAAUGGAUCGCAGCUGUGCAUUUUCUGCCCAAUGUAUGGUGCGAGUGACUUCCAUAAGACGAUGUUUUGAUGACGGCGAUCCGUUGGAUUGUCAGUUUUUUAUUAAAGGAGACAACGGAGGACAACGUUUUUGUUCAGCAACUGCUCAAGCGCUAUACAUUUGGACGAAAAUACGGAUUUCAAAAAUAACAGUCAAUCACAAACUACGGAGUAUAAGUAAGAGACUUAUCCCAAUUGAAUCAGCAUUUAAAAAAAAAAUGGGAGAUCGAUCAUACAGCUGGCCACGGAACGGAAGCGAAAAAACAGGAAAUGCAUUUUACGAAUUGGAACAUUUCCAGCCAUUGCUUUAUCACCAUAUCCCAAAAGGAUUACCGUAUGCUGAAUUUUACGCUCAACCUAACAACAAACCUGGGGCGUUAAAAAUAGGUGGAAUGCGCUUUUAUACAUUUGGGGCUCCCGGCUAUACCUCACAGUCUGACAUUCUUACUGGAAAGUUCGUUGGAGGAAGUCAAGAACCUACUUCUUUUACAUCCCUGGCUUUAUCCAGCAAUCCAGAUGUAUGUCAGUAUGUGCAUGCCAAUGGGAAUACCGGCUCAGACAACGGCCUCCGCUACACUCCAUACAAUUACAAUCGGCCAUGUACUGCUACAGCAAAUGCAUUUAAUGUGUCUGGCCAAUCUCUCUUCUGCAAUUAUUUGCAGCCCCAGCAACAUCAGGGUGCAGCGUCACCCUUCCAGACUUACCAACCAUAUGUAUUACCAGUCUAUCAGCAAACAAAUUAUUCUGUCCUGCAACAGAAAACUUUUUUGUCAGCCGCUACAAUCCAAAAUAAUGCACUCGCUAAAAGUUCGUUUCCUAUACCCGGACCAAAAUACGCAGCGGGCGACUUCGCCUUUAAUAUGAACGCGCCCUUACCUGUUUGGCCCAUAUCCAGCCCAAAAGUAACCGCAUUAUCCUCUCGAAAGAUAAAAAGUGUAAAAGAUGCAGAUAGUGAAGACCACUCUUUCGGCAAUUUGUCGAAGGCCAGCGAUGCAAUAACUUUGCAAAUCACAAACCUGGACUACUCGCUGGACGAAUCCAGUCUCCGCAGCUUUCUAAUGAAUCAGCUUAAGCCCAUUACCCCGGUUGUGUCACUAGUCUUCGAGGGAAGCUCAUAUGCUAAAGUCACUGUACCAGAUCUUUAUUUUGCUAAGCAGGUAGUGUCUAACUUGCACCGCAAAAAGAUUGGACAUAAACGCAUGCUGGUCAGCUAUACUCGCGACUCCUCCCUAACUGAAAUCAACACGCUUCGUUGUCAGGUCGCGGGACUGCUAAAGGAUGUCCCUUACAAUACCCUACCCAUGUAUAAGUUCAGAGAGAUUUUUCAGUCGCGGUUUAAAACAUCAAUCAGUGUUUUGGAUUUGUACAAAAUGCAGGACAUAUGUAAAAUUUACUCGGAUAACAACGAGGAUAAAUUCAUCAGUCUGAAGCCGGAACUAGUAAACACCCUUGGGAGCUUACCGUUAAUGGAAGGACUUCAACACAGUGUUCCUUACUGCAGUAUUCACUUUAAAAAGGAACAGCACAAGGGGUGGGCCGAACAGGAUAUAGAGCCACUUCCUAACGUCUGCAUGACCAUUUCGGAGAUUCAAAAACUAAUCUAUGCCUUGCUCAAGGUGCAUCCAGGGGACAUUCCAGUGGCUACCCUUAUUCAUUGCAUUGAAGAACAGCUAAAAGUAUCAAUCAUGGCUAAUGAAAAUGGUGUCAACUUGGAGCACUUGGUCUGUUGUAUCCAGGGAGUUCAGAUUCACGUUAACAAUUUUGGGAUUAAAAUUCUCAACUGGUUAGAGCCUAACAAAGAAAUGCCAUUGUCAGGCUCCAUUUACGUUUGCUCAAAUUCGAGUAGUCUCAGUUCCAGUGAACGAUCCAAUGGUGCAAGCUACUAUAAAAAUGGUUUGGCUGACCCGCUUUUUCAAAUAUCUCGAGAGGUAAUCGAGCUGGUGAAGAUGUCCCCAAAAGCCACCAUGAAGUUUAAUCGCUUUAUUCCGGCCUAUCACAAUCACUUUGGAAAGCAAUGCCGAGUGGCAGACUACGGCUAUACAAAGCUUAUCGAGCUUUUUGAAGCCUUAUCUUCUGUGGUGCAGAUCAUGGGGGACGGGGAAAAUCGUCAGAUCACGCUUACCCACCGCACACAAAUACGUAGGUUUACCUCAGAUUUACUGCGUGUUCUUCGCGCUAGUGGUAACAAUUCGGUAUUGCUUUCUCAGUUACCGGCGGUAUUCACCAAAACCCAAAACAGAAAUUUUGACGUCACAGAGUACGGUGUGUGCGAUCUUGUAGACAUUCUAGAUGGCUUAGUUAACUCUAACAUCGUGGAUCUAAGCUCUGUGCAGCACGGAAAAGAUAUUUUUAUAUCGAUGCCAAAACGCAAACAAACGAACAGUGAGUUGGAGAAAACUAGUGUGUUCGCCGGAGAAAUUGUGGAGCUCUUCCAGAACGCCCUUCAGUACACUAUUUUGUUUCAGAAGUUUGUGCGAUCCUACCAUUACCACUUCGGUUAUCAAUGUCGUCUCAGUGAUUAUGGCUUCCUGAAAUUGUCCGACCUUUUGGAUGCCAUUAGCGGCUUAAUCGAGAUGGGGUUGUCAAGCGAUGGGGACAAGAAAAUAGUGCUCUCUCCAAAAAUAGCUAGAAGAGUUUUCGCUGAGCAAUGUGAGGACCUUAUACGCAAGGUCACUGGAAACUCAGCGCACUGUAUGAAGCUAAAUCAAGUGCUGAUGAUGCACAAGAAAAAAUUCGGCUACCAAAUUCAGCCAAAAACUUUGGGGGUCUCGGAAAUGGCUACGGCAUUUGAAUUGUUGCCCUACGUUGAGCUGAAAACAAAAGAUCAGACCGUAUGGAUUAUCUGUCACAAUAACGACGUUGAAUUUCGUCUUCUUUGCUAUAGGGCUUGCAACUAUAUUCUUCAGCGGGAAGGUUCCGAAUCGGCAACAGACCCAACUGAAGUCCAUGCAGGAGGCCAAUCCUCACAGUUGCUAGAUGCCUUCACCAAGAACGCUUUUAUAAACGAGUUCAACUCUAAGCACAAGGACCAGCUCACAGAAUCGGGUCUCUUAGCAAUGCGUCAUGCAAUCGAGCAUUAACAUCUAAAUAGCAGAAAAGUUAACGCAGCCACAAAGGAUGAUUCAUAUCCACUUCCGCGGAUCGACGGUAUGUUAUGUAUACUUUUUAAAGAAGUUUAUAUUUAAAAAAUAGAUUUAAAGGAUUCCCAUUGGCAGAUUCCUUCGAAGCCAAAUUCUCGCGAAAUUACUGCUUUAACUAUGCCGUGAAGCCGAUCGGAUUGACUAAUGCCUUCCAAACAAUGACCAGUCCAUGGAUAAAGUAAUUCCAGCAUCGUUGAGGAAUGGGAGUUUUUGUGUAUCUGGACGACCUGUUGGUGGUUUCUGAAACGUGCGAAGACCACAUGAGGGGUAAAUGUUUGGUUGCCUAUCUUAUAAGCUGCUCGCCUGAUGCUUAAUGUUGACAAAUGCAAAAUUUGGAUGAAAUCAGUCAAGUAUUUGGACCACAUUUUUGGAGAAGGCGUAAGACAGGCCUCGCAACAAUUCCGGCUAUGAAGGAUUUUUAAUGGCCAAAAUCGUAAAAAGGUCUUCCAAGUUUUCUGGGCAUGGUGGGUUUGUAAAAAAAAGAUGUUAUGCAAGUAAAUCUGUUGUCGGAGACGUACUACUAACUAAGGAGAUGAAUAUCCCAUCCCGUUUAUUUUUAAGUAGUUGAAUAAGGGACAUUGGUCAUUGAGCAAGAAUGUUUGGCAGCCUUCAUUUGCAUCAAGGAAAAAAGAUUUAAAAAAUAUAUUCUUAACAAAAAAAUAAAAAAAAAAAUUAUAUGUACACUGAGACAUAAAUAUUUAAGAAAAAUGGUUUAAUAAAAUGAGAGAAAUCUUUCAAGAAUGAUACAAAUAUAAAAAAAAUAAAA